AUGCUCGCCUACCAAGUUCCUACCUUCGUCGACUUCGGCCGCGUCUAUCUCCCCGCCUACGACGUCGAGCCCGACUAUCUCGCUCAGCAGCGCCAGCGUCGCCGUCAAGCCGCCCUCGCCCAAGCCGAGGCUGUCGAACGCUGCCGUCGUGAGAAGGAGCAGGAGCUCGCGUACCGACUUGCUCUCGCCCAGGAGUUUGAACGCCGCCGUCGCCGCGAUGAGUUCGUUCGCGAACAGAGGAGGAGGGAGGAGGAGCAGCGGAGGAAGAUUGCUUACGCUAGGAGGCAGCGCCAACUUGGCCCGCACGCCCUCUUCGACGUCCUCGUCCAGCUCCAGCCUGACCUCCUCGACGCUGUCGCUUCUCACGACGACGACGAAGGACUCGACGACACUGCUUCCGACGUCGAGGAGUACGUCGAGGUCGCCCUCCAGCGCCCCCAUGUUCCGUCGACCCUCGUAGCCGACCCCGAGGAGAUCGACCUCGCCGCUGCUGUAGCCUCGGCCGUCAACAACGACGACGCUUCCGACGCCGACGCCUCUUCUGCUAUCGGCGACUCGUCGACAUGGCACGCCGACUCCGACUCGGACACUUCAACCGUCGAGGUCGACACUUCCGCCGAGCGCGCCGCCUCCCUCGGCACCCUCUCCUCGCUCGCCAACGACUUCGACUCCCACCGUGCAUCUUUCGUGUCGCCGACCACCCUCACCUUCUCGGCUUCGCCCUCGCCUGCCGAUCGCUCGACCCGCUCACCCACUCCUCCCCUCGCCUUCGGCUCUUCCAACACGCCCUUCCUUGCCUACGAAGAGUAUCUCCUCUCGCUUCUUACCAAGCUCGACGCCAUCGAAUCUCACGGCGACUCGACCAUCAAGCGCGCGAGGAAGGAGCUUGUCAAGCAGGUCGAGGCGGAACUUGCACAACUUGACGGUCUGAAGCAGAAGGCGUGGGAGGAGCUGAGCGCGUCGGCUUCGUCGUCUCCGAGCGACGAGGAGGCGGACGAUGGGUCGAUGAGCAGCGAGUCGGAGGACGAUGAGGAGGACGAGGAGAUGACUGGACCUGCCGAAGUCGAAACCCUCAUUCUCUCAUCCGACUCCGACUCUUCCCUCUCCUCACCCGAACCCGAACUUGCUCCUCAGACCGUUAAGAUCCCCUUCCUUCCCCAGACCGCCUCCUCUUCUCACUCUCGUCGCCGCUCUACCCGCCCGCGCUCUCGCCAGUGCGAGGAUGAUGACGCCUUCUCCCCUUCUUCCCCUCCGAACGAUGCGGACGACGAGGUCGUGGACGUUCUCUUGCGCGCACACAAGCUCGGUGAACAGGUGUCCCAGAUGGAGGAAGCAGAGCGGGAUAGGGCGGACAUGCACGACGUGCUCGGCGACGAGGAUGAGGAUUCGAGCGGCUCGAGCGACGAUGAGGAAAUGUUCGUGCUGUAUCUCUAA